AUGUUGGUAUUAGUCCUUGGUGAUUUGCAUAUUCCACACCGUUGCAGUAGCUUACCUGCCAAAUUUAAGAAGCUGUUGUUGCCUGGUCGUAUACAACACAUUCUCUGCACUGGUAAUCUAUGUACUAAAGAGUCAUAUGACUAUUUAAAAACACUUGCCAGUGAUGUACAUGUUGUUAGAGGUGAUUUUGAUGAGAACACCACAUAUCCAGAGCAAAAAGUUAUAACAGUUGGUCAGUUCCGAAUUGGUCUUAUUCAUGGUCAUCAAGUUGUGCCAUGGGGAGAUGAAGAAUCUUUAGCUCUAAUACAGCGUCAGCUAGAUGUAGAUAUAUUAAUCUCAGGUCAUACCCACCGGUUUGAGGCUUAUGAACAUGAAAAUAAGUUUUAUAUAAACCCUGGCUCAGCAACUGGUGCAUACAAUCCUAUGUUCAGAAAUGCCACACCAUCAUUCGUGUUAAUGGACAUCACUAGCUCAACUGUUGUAACAUAUGUGUAUAAACUGCUAGGUGACGAAGUGAAAGUAGAAAGAAUUGAAUAUAAGAAAGCUUAA